AUGCCGUUAGAAAUAAUCGAUUUAAAUGAGGAGAAAAAGGACGACGUGCCAAAAGUGAAACCGCUGGAUAAUGAUGGAUCGGCCGCAGCCCGCAAAACUACCGAUAAACCAUCGUCGGCGAAAAAGAGUACCAUCGAGCUGAAGCCAAAACCGGAAAUAAAAAAGCCGAUCGUUAAAAAUGUCGAAGCUACGACCGAAGCGAUCGCCACCACUCAGGCCAUCGCCACGAACGAGACACCUGUCAGUGAGAAAAAGGUCAUGGUCGAGCUUCCUAUAUUAGUACGGGGUGAGCCGUUAAUUCCUACGACUGCACAAAAUGUCGCGGGUGUCAGUACCGAAGCUACGGUGUUGAGUACCGAGGCAGCUCCGAUCGUUCAAUCACCUCGUGGCAGAGCACUGAAUGUGUCGGCUAGUGAGCCUGGAAAUACUUUGCAAACCAAUACUACCGACCUCAGUGACAUUAGCAUGGAUGACGAGGAUAAAGAGGUCAAAGGUGGAGAGUACAUAGCCAUGCACAAUGCGACAAGCUUAACGUCAGCCAUGGUGAGCCCACUGCCCACCGUGGCGCCUAGUAUGUGUGUCGACGGUAACAAGACCUAUGCGGUCGGCCAGAAGAUCCAGCGCGGUUGCGACGAGUGGUGCCGCUGCGUCGAAGGCGGCAAAGUAACGGAUUGCAAGCCGUUGACUUGCACAUUGCCGCUCGUUAAGACCGACGAGACUAAAAAUCACGAUCCCCUUUGCCACGCACAGCCCCUUCCGGAAUUCCCCUGUUGCGCAACUUUAGACUGUCCCGAUUCUGCAGUCGAAUCCGAGGAGUCUUGCAUUUUUGGGAACACAACUAUACAGAGGGGCCAGAGAGUCGAAGAUGGAUGUGCGAAAACGUGCGUUUGCGAAGAAGGCGGUCAUUUGAAAUGUCAGCCACGGUGUCCUCCAAAUGACACUGCAAGCAGCAUCAAUCAGCACGAUCGUUGUGUCGUUUUGCCUGAUCCGAGUGACUCUUGCUGUACGAUUACUUUAUGUGACGUGACUUUGGGAGAUCAUGAAAUCAAAUCCGAAGGACCAGCAGAUCUUAAUGUUAAUCUCACUGAUGUCAAAGUUCUUAACUCGACCUCCAUUAAAUUAAAACUAUCCUCAAAGAUGUCUGAUGAUAUCACGGUAGAGAUUUCGGAAAAUAAUCACGUUUGGAGACAAGUCAAACCAACUAAAGACGGCAUCAUCACAAAUCUUUUACCUGCGCAUGGCUAUUACGUUCGCAUUGUUGAAAACUCACGACCUGGUCCAGCCAUUCAUGUGUCUCUUCUCGCGGAAGUAACAAAAACCAUUGCAGUAGCGGAAAAAAGCGAGAAAGGAAUGUGCACCCACCGCGGCAAAUCCUACAAAAUCGGCGCCGAGUGGUACGACGAUUGCAUCGCCGUAUGCUUCUGCAACGAGACGGCUCAGACCGAGUGCGUGACCAUCGAGUGUCCGACCGAUUUCGGUCUCGAUGUUCUCGAUCCUCAUUGCCUGGACUGGGAAACGGUUCCACCGAAUCACGUGCCUAAAGCUCCCAACUGUUGUCCACAGGAGGUCCUAUGCAGAAAUAACGGCUCGUGUACUUACGAAGGCAAAACUUAUGACAAUUGGUCUCGACUACCGACCAAUGUUACUGGUUGUGAAAAGGAGUGCUUCUGCGAAUUCGGCAACGUCACCUGUAAUCCGGCUUGUCCACCGGUGCCACAGUUACCGCCCAUGUCACUGAAUUGCAAAAGCCACGAAGCCAUUCUUACGCACUUACCCGGUGACGAUUGUUGCUUGCACUGGGCCUGUCCACAGAACGCAUUGGAUUUACCAGGCAAAAAUACUAAGUAUAUUUAUCCUGGCCCCGUUGCACCUGACACGGACGAAAAGCACCAGAAAGACAAGUCUAAGCAACCGAGCGAGAAGCCAACCCCAAGUACGCCAUUCCAAUGGCCAAUGGCUCCUACUCCCACACACCCACCCCAACCAGCAGUACCUCCUAACUCUGAUAUUAUACAUUACCCAAUGGACCCAGGUCAUCCAACAGUGCCAUACGUGGGUCCUUACAAUCCUGACUUUAAACCCACUCGACCUAGCGCGGCCGAAGUAUUCCAUUUACCGAGUCAUACGGAAAAAGUUUCGCCACCAGUCAAAGACAAAAACAAAUCAAAAUCUGAAUCGAAGAAACCAGUAGAUACAAUAAAGUCUCAUAAGGACGGUAAUGAGUUCCCUGGUCCUUUAGCACCAGAUCGUUUCCCAGAAAAAGUACCAACUGCUAGACCUAACAAUCCUAACGUUGCGGUUCCUGAAACCAAUAAUAAACUACCUGGAACGAAAAAAGGUUCCCAAUCAGAACACGGCGAACAACCACAAUUCAUACCACUAAACGUGUACGAUCACUUACCUGGGGCCGGAUUCGGUUUCGCUCCAACUAACGGUGAAAAUAUUCCCACAUCACACUUUGAUACUCUUUUGGAGAAUCCAGCUGCUGGUCCUUCGUACGGAGCUCGACCAGAUGGAACAGAUCCAAACAAUGUGGUACCAGCUGUUCAGAAGAAAAAAGUCUCACCAGAAACUUAUCCCAGUGAAAAAGUCAGACCACCGCAUAGACCAACUACGGUUAACCCAUAUGCUCAUCUCCCUGACGGAGUAUACCAUGUGGAUCCUUAUCAAUAUCCGGGAUUGCUGGAGUACGAUAAACAACACCCUGACCAUCAAGAAGAGACUCACGAAGAAAAACCAGCGAAGAAGAAGGUUAAGCCCCAAGUUUAUACCCAGAAAGAUGAGAGUGGUCAAACAACUUACCACGUGCACGCGCAAGAAGUUCCCAAUACCCCUCAGCAGCUCGAGGAAUUGCUUGCCCAUGUUAUUCAACAUGAUCAGUUGAAUCCAAAUAACCAGCAUCAUGGGGUGAAUGUACCCCAGGACAAUGAGCCUCCAUCUCAAGGUCCCGUGAUUGGUUUGACGCAUCCCCAACUUGGACCCCAUGGAUUUGUGGCCCAAGUACCGCCACCUGGUCAGUCAGGAUUUGGUCAAGGCUUACCACCAAUUGGUCAAUUCCCACCUCACGGUGGUUACAAUGUAGCUAGCACUCAGACUUAUGAAGUAGCUGUAGAAGAUUUAAGAGCUAUCAGUGCAAACAGCGUACGCUUAAUGUUUACUGUGCCAUCAGUUUUAGUAGGACUUCACGGUCGGGUUGAGGUUCGUUACACGAGCGACAAAUCAAACUCGGAUCCAUUGUCUUGGAAGUCUCAAACGUUUGCACCUCCGGGCGAUCUAAUCGACACCGAAGAUUUGGAGUUUGACCUGAGUGGUUUGAAACCGUCGACUUUAUACAGACUGAUGAUUGUUGUCAAAUUGCGUGACUUGGCUAACACUCAUACGAGCAAGAUUUAUCAAGUCCGCACUCUAGAUAAACCGGUAGCGAAUUCUACGCCCGCAGAAAUCACCAUCGAUUCCGAGCUCAGGAUUCUUGAAAUAAAUUCGACCUAUGCUGAGUUUGAAUGGAAAAAGUUCUCCAACUACGAAUUACAGUUUAUUGAUGGCGUUUAUCUCAUGUACAGAGCUGAAAAUGAGAAGACUUACUCGGUUACGCCUCUUCUCCACAAAAGCGUCAAUCACUACGUGCUCGAUCACUUGCAGCCUUCUACGAUGUACGAAGUUCAUCUAAGCACAAAAGACAUUAUCGGUCAAACAGACGUAUUGAUUGAUAGUAAAACGGUAAAUUUCACAACGACUGCUGAAUCGGAUCCCUAUUCGUUCGACGUGAGAGUCGAAAUAAAAACGAUCAAAGCAACUGAGGUUGAAGUCCUAUGGAGCGGCGUCCCUUCACCUCAAGAAAAGUACGUGAAUAUCUUCAGAGCGGUGUAUCAAAGCGACAGCGGUAAGGAGGAUACGAGCACCUUCAAGCUUGCCAAAAAAGAUGCUCCAGCCAAGACGAUAAUCGAUGAUUUGAAACCGGGCACGCGCUACAGACUCUGGCUAGAAGUAUAUAUGACAAAUGGCAAAAUCAAAAAGAGCAACGUCCAAGAUUUUGUAACAAAGCCCGGAGUACUGCUUCAAGGAAAACUUGCAUCCGUACCCAUUAAUGAAAGUGACUACUAUGGACCUUUGGUAAUAGUGGCGAUAGUAGCGACUGUAUCAAUACUAAUGAGUUUGGUUCUCUUGAUGAUGCUGAUGAAAAGAAGAACGAGCAGCAAGGCUGACAUAUCACCGCGAAAAACUACGUCAGCCUACGACAAUCCUUCCUACAAGACCUGUGAAGAAGCAGUUUCCAAUGGCCACAACAAACCUAUCGAGCAUGAAAUGCAAAUAAUGAAUGGCAAUAACGGAGAAGCAAAGGAAACCGCAUAGACUGUAAAAUUAUAUACGUAGAUUGAAUAUUAUAAAUUUACAUUAGAAUUUUAGUAUUUUAGAUUUAAUUAGAUUAAAAAGGUGUAGUCACUCAUCUUUAACAAAAGUGUACAAGACCCUCGUCCGUCCAAGUUGAUUAUAAGUUAUCCAAUCGUUCAUUUAAUUGAAACAUGGAAACUUUUACUAUAAAUUCAUACACUUUAGAUUAUCUCGUUUAAGUAAUUUAUGUGUAUCUUUUUUAUUAAUUCUACGUAAACAAAACGAAUUGUCGUUGUUACGAAUAAUCGCGAAUCUAACGUUACGAAUCCUAGUUUGAUGUCUCAAGUCAUUUGAAUUAAUGAACUGUCAUUUCGUCAAGUUCGCAAAUAAUACGUCAAUGUUCAAGAUUUUCUUAUGAAAUCCUUUUUUUUUAUAAUUUUUUUUAUGAUUGUGUUGUUGCGUUGUAAGAAAGAUAUUGUAUAUAGCAUUUUAUUUAUAGUAACAAAGCGAGAAAAAGAAUAUAUGAAUUGUAUUUAUAUGAGUAACUGUAGAGAAAUAUUUAUUUAAUUAUUAUGUAGUAAAAUACUAUUAUAUGAUUGAGAAAUUAACUUAUACUUUGGUUUAUUUUAAUUUUAUUAUUGAAUUUUUUAUAUUCACUAACUGUUUUGUAUUCACAAAAAAAUAUAAGGUUUACUUAUAAACUUUAAGAUGAAACUCCGGAAAAAGUACUUAAUUACUGAUUUUUAUUUUUUACAUAUCAUGUAUUAUCCUCUUGCAUAAGUGGAUUCGUGCUAAUAUUUUAUUUUGUUAGAUUCUGGAAUAUUAAAUGCCAGAUAUAAUAUUUGUACAGAAUAAUUAUAUGUUUAUGUAAUGCAGGUAAUAAAAUUUCGUGAUCAAAAUAUACACUUACCAAUAAUUAAAAAAUGGAGUAAUUUAUUAAUUAUUUCCAAUGAAUAAUUGUUCAAUUGAUUACAACAUUUAUU